AAACGUUUCUCCCAGACGAGCUUUGUCAAUGCGACGUCAUGGGAUAUCCAGCUCCAUGACUACCUGCAGAUGAAUCAAGGAUUUGUUAGUCAUACGGGAUAUGUCUUUCAAAGACUCAAUCCAUCGAUGGCCCUAUCAUGGCUCCCAACAAACCUAGGUUAUGAGGACCGAGAACUUAUUGAUCACUUUAUUUGUACGGCAUCGUCUGCCCUGGCUAUUUUCGAAUCGGACAAGAGCGAGUUCUUGAGCCUUUUGUUGCGUUUAGCUCUGUCAGAUAGUUCGCCGUCUUCUGUGGCGGUGUUACAAUCGGCGUUGGCGCUUUCGUCGUUCCACCGGCAUGGUUUGCAAGCAUCAGUUUUUCGGUUCAAAGCGCGCGCUCUACGCACACUGAUCAUAUCUAGCAAACACUGUGUUGAAAUUCCCACGGUCUUCCAACAUAUUGCGGCGAAUAUGAUACUGUGCCACCUUGAGAUGCUCGGAAUACCAAAUACAUUAUCGCUAUGGUUCUGCCAUUUGAGUGAAGCCAGAACUUUGAUCGACAAGGCAGGCCUUGACAGCCAAAGUUUUCAAGGCGAAGUUUCCAGACUUCUAGACUGGGUAGAGUAUCAUAUGGUCAUGAGCCGGUUUAGCCACCGACAUUGGUAUCUAAAUGGAGAGUCUACCAGAGGAGUCAGAAAUUUCGCAUCUGUGGACCGAGAAACCUGCCACUCACGAAAGGUCAAAACAGCAUCGCACUGUUCACAUGAACUUCUUCGGCAUUUAUAUAAUAUGUUCGACAUGAUUCGAAAACCAACAGACUCACUAUACCACAGCGACGAAUACGAAAAUUCCUUGCGUUGCCUUGAAAACAAAAUAACCAGUGUUGUCCCGUUAGCACCGAAAGGUAUACCUGAUACUAUGUCCGACUUGAGCACAGCCUGGGUGGCUACAAUGGAUCUUUUGAAGCUAGCCGCUCUAAUUUACCUCAAAAGAGCAUCGCGGAACUUUUCAGGAACCUCCCCUCAAAUUGAUGCCAUGGUUGAGAAGGCCCAUGUACUUCUUGACGAUCUGAAGACCUUCAAUCUGGCCUUUCCAUUGCUGAUUAUUGGAUGCGAGGCUCGGACAGAUGAGCAGAGAAUGAGGAUUCUCGAGCAUAUUGAAAGAGCAAUGAGAACCUCGACUUUGAGGAGUUUUCAUGGACUGCAGAAUAUUCUCCAACAGAUUUGGGUUCAGGACGACCUUGCUGUUGAUUAUGAGCUCGACUACUUGAGGAAGUUGGACGCUAUAAUAUCUUCUUACCAGAUUAUGCCAAGUUAUGUCUAAUAUAGGAAACUCUCAGAUUUGGAAUAUGAUAGAUAAUAUGAGACCCGUUCUAUGUGAG